UGCAGCACCAUCGCACAUCGUAAAGGCUGAGAGCUUCUUAUCUUCUUUCGUCGACAAUCUGCGAGAAAGCGAGCAAAAUAUCAGCCCCCGAUUCGAUCCAAGGGUAACGCUGCGUUCGUGCUUGGUGACGAAUUGUGCGGUCCACUUUCGCUGUCCAGAAUGCGCGCUUCGUUUCUCGCUUUUUGUCCAUCUGCGGGCGCGAGGUUUAGUGCGAGAUGAGUUGAUAUUCAAGAGUGCGAACUGUAUUGUUUUCGAUGAAUUGAGGCCGGGGCGGCUCGUCGGGAGUUUGUUGUUGGAGUAGGUUGUGUUGUUGAUUCAUUCCUCCAGCUAUGGCGACCGCCGUGUCCAAGCUCCCCACUCUACAUCUUCACUCCGCGUUGGGAACAAUUCCGUCGGUGGAAAGUAGUAGUAGCAGUUCGGUCUCUACAGCGAGGUUUUAUGCCAGGCGCAAUCUGACCUCGCUCUCUAGCUUAAUUCCAGCUGGUUUGAGCCGUGGCUCUGUCGGUUGUUGCAAGAGACGGAGCUGCGUAACUGUGUGUGCUGCUGCUACUCCAGCUGCUGAGAGUUCGAAGACAUCGACGGAUCGCGAUGACCGUGUGGUGCAAAUUAGUAGCGUGGAGCAGUUUGAAAAGGCUCUCAAGGACGCUAAGAACAGGCUUGUGGUGGUGGAGUAUGCAGGUCUGAAAAGUGUCAAUAGUAAGAAGAUAUACCCAGCUAUGGUGGACCUAAGUAGGACGACCCAGACUGCCGUGUUUUUGCUCAUCAUGGGGGAUGAGAAUGAUGACACCAAGGAACUCUGCAAGCGCGCUGGUAUUGAAAAGGUACCUCAUUUUACAUUUUACAAGAACCAGGAAGUUAUACACGAAGAGGAGGGUAUUGACGCAGAGCAGCUGGAGAAUGAUGUUUUGUACUAUGGGGACCCAGAUGCGCCAAUCCACCAACUCCAUGGUCGGGAAGAUUUUGAAUCACUACUUCGAAAACACAAAACCGACGAUAAGUUGCUUGUCAUUGACGUUGGCCUUAAGAACUGUGGCCCUUGCGUGAAGGUGUACCCCACGUUCAUUAAACUAUCGAAGCGUAUGGCAGACUCCGCAGUUUUUGCAAGGUUGCAUGGCGAUGAAAGUGAAGACUGCCAGGAACUGCUGAAGUUGAUGGGUGUCGUUGAGGUUCCGACCUUCCUCUUCGUUAAAGCCGGCAAGCUCUUGGGCCGCUAUGUCGGUUCUGGGAGAGGAUCCCUCAUUGGUGAGAUUCUGCGACACCAGGGUGUACGCGUGACCUAAGAUGUGUUCACUCGAUGCAUUCUCUUCCCCCUACAAUUCAACACAGGAAUUCGCAUUGAAAGAAUCAGCAAAUUCGAAUGGGAUCUCUUCACCUAAUGGAACUUACAUUUGCUCAACAGACACUGCCAUCUAAGUGUAGGGUUACUUAUAUAUCGAAAUCGUUGAACUUAUCCAAAGAGAUGCUGACACGAACUGGGAAGGUUGCUACAUUAAUCUAUCAUGGGGGGAUAUCGUAACGUGUGUUUUAUUAUUAAAUGUUACCAUCAAGGUGAAACGGGGACCUUCGUUGUCGAUGAGAAAUAUGCCAGACAAUGUACCACUCAAUUUUCCAAUGACAGGCACCAGUUUUGCAUAUUAGAACGAUGGUAAAGAUUACACCUGAGCGUGAUUGUGUUUUCUCAGCUGCAAUGGAUUGUGAAGACCUCUACCAAA